GGCCGCACGCAGCCACCGAGCCGCUCCGGCCGCGGCCCGCCGCCUCUUAAAGGGAGGUAGCCGGCCUUAAAGGACCCUCGCGCGCCCCGCGGGCGGCAGCGCGGCGGCCCGCUCUCCCGCAGGGCCGCGCCGAGCCAGGCCGAGCCCCCGCGGCGCCCAGGCGCGGGCCCGGCCUCCCGCCGCCGCCGCGGCCGCCGGGAGCGGCAUUUUUAUUCAGGCGACGCUUAAGGGAGCCCGGCCGCGCCCGGUGCAUUGUGGGAGCGGCCGCGGCCCGUUUUCGGGAGGAGGCGGAGGGCGCAAAGCGAGCCGGUGGAUCUGUAAGAAAGAACCCAGCCCACCAGGAGAGAGGGAGGGGAGGGGUUGAACUGUGAGGAGUGUGGGCCCAAGAACCAUGUCUACGCGGGAGUCCUUUAACCCGGAAAGUUAUGAGUUGGACAAGAGCUUCCGGCUAACGAGAUUCACGGAACUGAAGGGCACAGGCUGCAAAGUGCCCCAAGAUGUCCUUCAGAAGUUGCUGGAGUCCUUACAAGAGAACCACUUCCAAGAAGAUGAGCAGUUUCUGGGAGCUGUGAUGCCAAGACUUGGCAUUGGAAUGGAUACUUGUGUCAUUCCUUUGAGGCAUGGUGGGCUCUCCUUGGUUCAGACCACGGAUUACAUUUACCCUAUCGUAGACGACCCUUACAUGAUGGGCAGGAUAGCAUGUGCCAACGUCCUCAGUGACCUCUAUGCCAUGGGGGUCACAGAGUGUGACAACAUGCUGAUGCUCCUCGCAGUCAGCAAUAAAAUGACUGACAGGGAAAGGGAUAAAGUGAUGCCCCUAAUUAUACAGGGUUUCAAAGAUGCAGCAGAGGAAGCAGGAACGUCAGUAACAGGUGGCCAAACAGUGUUAAACCCCUGGAUCGUUUUGGGAGGAGUCGCUACAACUGUCUGCCAGCCCAAUGAAUUUAUCAUGCCAGAUAAUGCAGUACCAGGGGACGUGCUGGUGUUGACGAAACCCCUGGGGACACAAGUUGCUGUCGCCGUGCACCAGUGGCUGGAUAUUCCUGAAAAAUGGAAUAAAAUUAAACUAGUGGUCACCCAAGAAGACGUGGAGCUGGCAUACCAGGAGGCGAUGAUGAAUAUGGCCAGACUCAACAGAACAGCUGCAGGACUGAUGCACACGUUCAACGCACAUGCGGCCACUGACAUUACAGGCUUCGGGAUCCUGGGCCACGCACAGAACCUAGCCAAGCAGCAGAGGAACGAGGUGUCGUUUGUGAUCCACAACCUUCCUGUGCUGGCCAAGAUGGCUGCUGUGAGCAAGGCCUGUGGAAACAUGUUUGGCCUCAUGCAUGGGACCUGCCCGGAAACAUCAGGAGGCCUCCUAAUCUGUUUACCACGUGAGCAAGCAGCUCGGUUCUGUGCAGAGAUAAAGUCCCCCAAAUAUGGUGAAGGUCACCAAGCAUGGAUUAUUGGGAUUGUAGAGAAGGGCAACCGUACCGCCAGGAUCAUAGACAAGCCCCGGAUCAUCGAAGUUGCGCCGCAAGUGGCCACUCAAAACGUGAACCCCACACCCGGUGCCACUUCUUAAUUUAGACAGCAGUAGCUACUCGGUUUUGUUUUUAAAUAGAUCUAUUUCCUUUCUCAUCACUUCAAUUAAAGACUAUAAGCAACAACAAAAAUCUCAUUGUGUCUACACAUCUGGUGACCUGAGGUCGAUUUGUGAGUGGAUACAAUUAAUAAAAUAAAAUCCAUGGCCUUUUUUUCCUGUUACAUUAACUGAAGAUGCACCUACUCUUGAGGCAGCUUCUGAGUUGAGAAUUAUAUUGUUAUCCAAUACUGUUGAUUCAUUUUGAAUCUUUAGACACUUAUCUCUCGCCGCAUAGGCUCUUUCUAAAGGUGCUUUCACACAGCACAGACGUUACCAGUAGUGGUGUCAGGUAGCAGUUCUUGUCUUUUCAUUUGAUGUGUAUUUAUCAUAUAAGCCUGAUCUUUUUUCAAGCAUCUUGAAUGGCGUCUGGAAAGAUGGAAUUGGUAAGUGAGAAUGACGGCUUCUGAGCUGCAGGAGGGUUGCAUGGUUCCUUUGAGUCUUAUCAUCCUAGAGCAUGUCUUUGGCCCAGGACAUUCUCCAAUAGUGCAUUCAGUUCCACAAGUCGAGUGCUUCACUCUGCAUGGAAAGCACUUAGAAGACAAAAAAAGAAAUUUUAUUUCUUUUUUUUUUUGUAGCGUUCCUGAUAUUUACAGUAGCAUCAUUAACUGUUUUCUUUGUUGACAGCAAAAAAGGAUACUUUUUGCAAUGUAAUUAGUUGUUCUAUAGAGCAAUGAGGAAUUGCCUUCCCGAAGAGGGUUCGUGUAUAAUACUCAUUUACAAUUCAAUAUAUAAUUACGCAAAUAAUUUUUAAAUAGAAUCAGUAAUAAAGACUGUUGUGUGGAUGGUAGUGUUUAAUACAUUUUAUAUUUUGUAUAGUGAUUGCCAGUCUUUUGUUAAAAUCAGCAGCUAUUUAGCCUAAUUCUUAGCAUUAUUUUGCCCUUGGCACCAGUCCUUUUUUUUGUGCACGCUUUUUGUGAUCUGUGUUAAAAAUCAACAUUGCUAACAUUACAGCUUGAACUUAAACUUGUUAUUCAAAUAAAUAUUUAAUUUUUUUAAUUGCUCUUGUAUAAUCAGAUGCCCCUUUUACUAUUAUUUUAGAAGCAUCGGGAGGGUUUUGCCUAAAGUACAAUUUAUGGGGGAAAACUAGAUUUUAGUUUUAUAAAACUUUUAAGUCUUUCACGGGACCUAUAUUUUCUUGAAUUGAAUUUUGUAGUUCUAGAAACAAUAGGGUAUCUAAAUGGGUGUUGACUGUCUGGCUUAAAAUCAGAGGCUUCCUUAUAUUUUCACCCAGUAAACAAGCAGGGGGGACUACUGUGGGGUGAACCGUGGGCGAAGCGUGGGGCACCGAGCCCCUGAGUGUCUGUCGGAGAAAGCGCCGCGUCUCUCCCAGGGCCUGAACACUUCCUGCUCCGGGCACCAGAGCUGCACUUGCACACCCAUCCACUUGUUGCCCAAGGCUCCGUCACCGGGAAGGGGAGGCUCCCUGGAAGAGGUGUUACCUGGACGAGCCCUCCCGUGGGAACCGAGGCAGCCCCUCUGCACCAGCGCCUGGACUGCAGCCCUGUGUGGCGGCUGGUGUGUGAGAGGCUGCUGCAGAACUGAAGCUAACAGGAUGUUUCACAGGCAUUUAUACAGACGUUGGUCCUUGAGCCGCAGGCCAGUGGUCUGCAAAAUAAAGUGUGCUGGAAACCUCUGAGUAA